GGGUAGUAAUACAUUUGACAGCAUGUUCAAAACAACAGAUGGUACAUCAUAUUGCACACGGUCACCGUGACAAACAGGACUUGAUUUAAUUGUAUAUAAACAGCCAUGCAAUUGUCUGUUCUUCAUCUGGACUUCUGUGCUUCUAAACUAAAGUUGUGAACAAAAGUAUAUUCCUAAUUUUGUGAUCAGUGCAAUCUGAGAAUCAAAAAGAUGGCUCGAGUUCUUGGUGUUGUUUUCCUUUUCUCAUUGGCGAUUAUUAAGAUGGUAAACGCAAAUCCGUGCGCAGGCCUAAGUGAAUAUGAUGACUGUGGAGACGGGCGUGUUUGUGUGUGUCCGAAUAAAAAUGUAGUCACCGAAGAAAAUAAUGGAAACGUGCCCUGCAACAAUCUCGUCUGUAGAUACCCCGAAUGUUAUUCUUCCACCGGCAGACAUGCCAAGCCUCAAAUGGAUGGAGGUUCAGUAGUGUCUUGCGGCAGUGAUGAUGAUUGUAGAAAACAUUACGAAUGCGUGGGUUGUGGAUUUUGCUGUCCUGUGGCCAAAGGAAAGUUUGCUAAACUAGUAUAAACCAACUACUCACGUAACCAUUGCAUGAACUGAACAACAAGACUUAUAACAAAUGAAAUAAA